UGCCGCUUGUCGAGAUUGGGAUCUGUUUUCCUUUGUUGUCGAGGACAGAUUUGACUUUUGUGUUCGUUCGUAUUCAAUUUUCUUUUGUUCUUCUUCGAAGAUUUGACAUGAAUCCUUGCUUGGCUCGUGAUGUUUUGUAGUAGCUAUUGUUGAUUCGUCUAUUUCUUCAGCCCCGCUCUUCCUUGCUCUCGAGAAAGCUUAUAACCUCCGGAUUGCCUCGAAGUUGGAAUUCUUUUGCUUCAUAAGUCGUCUUCCCCUUUCUUUAAUUGACAUAACGGGUUGCCCUUUUAAGUAUUGAUGGUAUUUGUUUGUAUUUUUAGCCUCCGAUAUCUAUCGAUUGUUUUGCGAUUUUGUCUGUUGAUUCUGUACUGCGCUUAAGUUCAUGUGUGACUUUCCACGAAAGGAAGGAAAACAUGUUGUAUCGUGAAUACAUAUAAAUCUCGAGAACGCCUCUUUUGAUCCAUAGAAAUAAACCGGAACACAUUCCGGGGCUCGGAGCACUUACAACGCCUGGGUAGCUUCCCCCAUCAGAUCUACGCUUGGGUGCCAAUUUUCCUUUUACAUGCUUGUUCCUGCUGCAGGAGUUGUUGCUGCUUCACUAUUGUUUGAUGACAAUAUUGGCUAAUAAGUAUCAUAUGUUGUUCUGUAACUUGAGCUAUUACUGAGCACCUCGCAUUAGCUUCAAGUUCUGCAGAAUGGACCGCCAUGAUACAUCUGGUUUUGUUAGUGGAGGCUGCAAGCUUUCACUCAAGUAUUUCUGAUUUAGUAUUGUUUUGUUAAAUUGAGUCUUGGAAGACAGGCUAACUGGUUUCUAUCCCAUCAAGUUUAUUGAUAGAGAGGUCCUCUCAAGAUAGCAGUAAUUGACAAGAGCAUUCUGAUGGAUUUUGCUGUUGAUCUCCCCUCUUUAAGUAAAUUUGGCUUUUGGAGUUCUAUGCAAUCAGGAGGUAUCAAAUUACCUCUGGAUUCACAUCCCAGUCUGCAUAAUUCCAACAUAAAAGGGACAAAAAGGAAGUGGAAUGACAAUACUGGAGUUGAAGGUUCAGAAAAUCCAUUACUUGCACUGGGUUUGGGUCAGUCACCAAGUUCCUCAGUGGUCAGCAAGAUGAGCUCAGCAGGUCUUUCCAUCACGUCUUCAGUGAAGGAAACUGACGAGGAAUCCCCUGCAAACCCAGAAUUUAGUUUCAAGCUGCAUAUUGGCAAUGGUUACAAGCUCAGUUAUAACAAGUCAUCAGUUGGUACUCUGAAGGCUCCUCAUACUGUUGAUAUGCUCAAUUUGCAGCUAAGUCUAUCAACAGGGUCUUCUGAGUCUGCUCUAAUAGAUGUCAACACAAUUGCAGGACAGCAUCUUUAUAGUUUUGAGUCUUCUGUGAUUGCAAGUCCGGUGCAGAUUAGUGAGGAAGAAGGAUCAGCAUCAUCUUGCUGGAUAUUUGGGAAGUGUCUUGUUCAACCUUGCGUGCCCAACCCAGAAACAGGUAGCAGUAACUUUCCUCCCCAAAAGAGAAUGCAUACUGAAGCUGAUCCUAUUGCAGUUCUUCCAGACUUCCCAUCAACCAUGACACAAAUGUCGAAAAACCCAGUUGCCUGCUCUUCCGGGAUUUCUGAUUCCCAUAAACGCAACAACAGGACAAAGUACUGUCAGUUCCAUGGAUGUACGAAAGGAGCAAGAGGUGCUUCCAGUUUAUGUAUAGCUCAUGGUGGGGGACGGAGGUGCCAGCGACCCGAGUGCCAAAAGGGAGCUGAGGGCAGGACAAUCUAUUGCAAAGCGCAUGGCGGCGGUCGCCGAUGCCAACACCUUGGCUGCACGAAGAGUGCUGAAGGUCGCACCGAUUACUGCAUUGCCCAUGGUGGCGGUCGGCGCUGCAGCCACCUGAGUUGCACUCGUGCAGCAAGAGGGAAGUCGGGUUUAUGCAUCAGGCAUGGCGGUGGCAAGAGGUGCCAAAUCAAGAAUUGCACGAAGAGCGCAGAAGGUUCCUCGGGCUUGUGCAUAUCUCAUGGUGGUGGCAGGCGCUGCCAUUUCCAUGGAUGUACAAAGGGUGCUCAAGGUAGCACAUUGUUCUGUAAGGCGCAUGGUGGAGGGAAGAGGUGUACAGUUGUGGGGUGUACAAAAGGGGCCGAGGGAAGCACUCCCUUCUGCAAGGGACAUGGUGGGGGGAAGCGGUGCACGUUUCAGGGUGGAGGUGUGUGCCGAAAGAGUGUGCAUGGGGGAACCUCGUUCUGUGUGGCACAUGGUGGUGGAAAGAGGUGUGCUGUCGCCGGGUGCCCCAAAAGUGCUAGAGGGCGGACUAGUUUCUGUGUCCGCCAUGGCGGGGGCAAACGGUGCAAGUUCGAAGGAUGUGGGAAGAGCGCACAGGGGAGCACCGAUUUUUGUAAAGCGCAUGGGGGAGGCAAACGAUGCACAUGGAGUCAAAUGGGCUCAAAAUUUGAUGUUGGCGAGACGCUCUGUGAUAAGUAUGCUAGGGGCAAGACUGGUCUCUGUGCUGCACACAGCGCCCUGGUGCAGGACCACUGUGUUCAUGGUGGGGGAAUGCUUGGACCACCUACCACACAGUAUCCAGUGCCUGUUAAACUUGAGAAGAUGAAUGACGUUGCUGCUGAAGAAGAGACCUUUACAAAGCUGGAGUUGAAGAAAGUAGUACAUUCUGCGCUACAGCAGUCCGGGUCUUCUGGUCCAGAGGGCAGGGUGCGUGGAGGGGGUUUGGUUGGGAUGAUCGCAAGUAGUUCAGGCUUUUGGGAUUAACACGGGAGAUCAGGGAACUGCAGUUACUUCAGAUUCGGGCGCCCCACGCACUGCAGCCUACCUGCGGAUGUAAUGGCAAGGGAGUAGUAACUCAUGGUUUGACUUGAUAUAUUGAUACGUGUUUGUGGUACUUGUUUGUACUUGUUUGGUUGGGAUGAUCGCAAGUAGUUCAGGCUUUUGGGAUUAACACGGGAGAUCAGGGAACUGCAGUUACUUCAGAUUCGGGCGCUCCACACUGCAGCCUACCUGCGGAUGUAAUGGCAAGGGAGUAGUAACUCAUGGUUUGACUUGAUAUAUUGAUACGUGUUUGUGUGUGUUGUGUGUGAGGAUUUGCUAUUUAUGUGGAACCCAUGUAAGAUCUGGACAUCCUUCCUUUGUUCAGAGAGACGAGGGGAAAAUGUAUAGCUGAACCUCGGUAGUGUUGCUACCCUUUUUGUUGUGAUCAUAGUGAACAUUCAAUUUUUCUUCUA